UCCGGGGCGGAGCUCGCGAUAGCGACCGGGAGCAGGGCGCGGGGCGGGACCCAGGUCCGAGGCGAGGAAGCCGGAAGCCAGGCGCGGGGAGCCUCCCCCUUCGACUGCAGCCUCGCUCCGCGCCUUCUGCGCUCCUGGGAUCCCGGAGCCUGCCUAGGUUCUGUGCGCUCCCGCCCAGGCCGGUGCCCGCCGCCCGCCUGCGCCCCAGGCAGGUCCCAGGCCUGCGGCUGCUCCCGGCCGAAGGUGGGGACGGGCAGUGGCAGGCACCGCUAGCGAGGGCGUUUGGGAACCCAGGGUGACCACGGCGCAGCCAUGGGGACCGCGCUUGUGUACCAUGAGGACAUGACGGCCACCCGGCUGCUCUGGGACGACCCCGAGUGCGAGAUUGAGCGUCCUGAGCGCCUGACCGCAGCCCUGGAUCGCCUGCGGCAGCGCGGCCUGGAACAGAGGUGUCUGCGGUUGUCAGCCCGCGAGGCCUCGGAAGAGGAGCUGGGUCUGGUGCACAGCCCAGAGUAUGUAUCCCUGGUCAGGGAGACCCAGGUCCUAGGCAAGGAGGAGCUGCAGGCGCUGUCCGGACAGUUCGACGCCAUCUACUUCCACCCGAGUACCUUUCACUGUGCGCGGCUGGCCGCAGGGGCUGGACUGCAGCUGGUGGAUGCUGUGCUCACUGGAGCUGUGCAAAAUGGGCUUGCCCUGGUGAGGCCUCCCGGGCACCACAGCCAGAGGGCGGCUGCCAACGGGUUCUGCGUGUUCAACAAUGUGGCCAUAGCAGCUGCACAUGCCAAGCAGAAACACGGGCUACACAGGAUCCUCGUCGUGGACUGGGAUGUGCACCAUGGCCAGGGGAUCCAGUAUCUCUUUGAGGAUGACCCCAGCGUCCUUUAUUUCUCCUGGCACCGCUAUGAGCAUGGGCGCUUCUGGCCUUUCCUGCGAGAGUCAGAUGCAGACGCAGUGGGGCGGGGCCAGGGCCUCGGCUUCACUGUCAACCUGCCCUGGAACCAGGUCGGGAUGGGAAACGCUGACUACGUGGCUGCCUUCCUGCACCUGCUGCUCCCACUGGCCUUUGAGGUGACUGCAUGGAGGGCUCCCCCAGGGCAGCCGGGUGGGAGGGGGACCUUGUGCCUGGAGUGCGCCAGUGAAGGCAGGAGGAGGGUUAUGAGCUGUCUCACUCCUGUGUGGCUGGGGAAGGUGCUCAGGAGGGGAUGGGAUGGGCCUGGCUCGCCCUCACCCGGGCUCCAGCCCCUCUCUGUCGACCCUCCCCACUCCGGCCUGGCCUGUAGUUUGACCCUGAGCUGGUGCUGGUCUCGGCAGGAUUUGACUCAGCCAUCGGGGACCCUGAGGGGCAAAUGCAGGCCACGCCAGAGUGCUUCGCCCACCUCACACAGCUGCUGCAGGUGCUGGCCGGCGGCCGGGUCUGCGCCGUGCUGGAGUGCCCUAGAGUCCAUCCGGAGUGCCCGUGCUGCCCAGGCCCCGCACUGGAAGAGCCUCCAGCUGCAAGAUGUGACCGCUGUGCCGAUGAGCCCCAGCAGCCACUCCCCAGAGGGGAGGCCUCCACCUCUGCUGCCUGGGGGUCCAGUGUGUAAGGCAGCUGCAUCUGCACCGAGCUCCCUCCUGGACCAGCCGUGCCUCUGCCCCGCACCCUCUGUCCGCACCGCUGUUGCCCUGACAGCACCGGAUAUCACAUUGGUCCUGCCCCCUGACGUCAUCCAACAGGAAGGGUCAGCCCUGAGGGAGGAGACAGAAGCCUGGGCCAGGCCACACGAGUCCCUGGCCCGGGAGGAGGCCCUCACUGCACUUGGGAAGCUCCUGUACCUCUUAGAUGGGAUGCUGGAUGGGCAGGUGAACAGUGGUAUAGCAGCCACUCCAGCCUCUGCUGCAGCAGCCACCCUGGAUGUGGCUGUUCGGAGAGGCCUGUCCCACGGAGCCCAGAGGCUGCUGUGCGUGGCCCUGGGACAGCUGGACCGGCCUCCAGACCUCGCCCAUGACGGGAGGAGUCUGUGGCUGAACAUCAGGGGCAAGGAGGCGGCUGCCCUAUCCAUGUUCCACGUCUCCACGCCACUGCCAGUGAUGACCGGUGGUUUCCUGAGCUGCAUCUUGGGCUUGGUGCUGCCCCUGGCCUACGGCUUCCAGCCUGACCUGGUGCUGGUGGCGCUGGGGCCUGGCCAUGGCCUGCAGGGCCCCCACGCUGCACUCCUGGCUGCAAUGCUUCGGGGGCUGGCAGGGGGCCGAGUCCUGGCCCUCCUGGAGGAGGACUCCACACCCCAGCUAGCAGGGAUCUUGGCCCGGGUGCUGAAUGGAGAGGCACCUCCUAGCCUAGGCCCUUCCUCUGUGGCCUCCCCAGAGGACGUCCAGGCCCUGAUGUACCUGAGAGGGCAGCUGGAACCUCAGUGGAAGAUGUUGCAGUGCCAUCCUCACCUGGUGGCUUGAAAUCGGCCAAGGUGGGAGCAUUUACCCCGCAGAAAUGACACCGCACGCCAGCGCCCCGCGGCCGCGAUCCGGACCCCAAGCCCACGGUUCCCUCGACUCUGGGGCACGGAACCCCGCCCACUCCCAAUCCCCGCGCCCCGCACCUCCCCUCGCUCCCCCACUCGCCCCGCUCCCUCCCACCCGUGCUUCCCCCGCUCCACCCCUCACCUCACCUCGCUCCCGCCCCACCCAUCGCGCCCCGGCCCGUCCCACCGAGGCCCAUGCAACCCACCCUCGGUCCCGUUCCGGCCCCUGCGCCCCGCUGCGCUUCGCUCCCCGCCUUUGCGCCGUUAGUAAACAUCGGUCAAACGAAA